AGCGCUCAGAGUGCAGCGGAGGACGGCGCGGUGGCUGUCCGGUCCGGUGUCGCUGUCAGUGGGUUAAAGUCUGGGGGGAGGUCCGGGUCCAGUUCCGGGUCUGAAUCUGCAGCUGGAAGUUCAGCGACAUUUGGAUCACAACUGAAGCCGGUUUGAGGUGCGAGAGGCCCGGCUGGCUGCUGCGCCGUGCUGCGCUGCGGGGGAUGCGCGCACACAAUGGGAGACCGUCCGGGACUAGAAUAACGUCUCCGCGCUCGGUUUGGUUUGUAAUGAUGCCGGAGCUGCAGCCGAGACUCAGCGUGGACUAAGGACCUCCUCUGACCGGGCAGGACGCUUCAGACGCCGGUCUGCGCUCAGCUGUGAGCCCCGUGGAAGCCGCGGAGAAUGCGCCUGUGUGCGCGUGAAUCCUGCUGGGAUGAACCCGGAAUGUGUUUCCUGCGUCUUAAGCCGCUGUUUGCACAUCUGGAUGAGAGGAAAGCCGGUUUCAGCUCCGAGGCGGUUUUUCUGAACCUGGUUUAUGGAGUUAAUUCACGUUAAUUUACUGGAUUUUAACCGCAGACACAUCAGCAGCCUGCAGAGGUUGGUGUUCAGAAAGCUGCUUUUAAUUUGAAGGAAUCCGCUUAUCAAACUAAAGGAGCAUUUUGUAGUUUUGCCUUUAAAUCCUGAUAUUAUCAAACUAAAGGAGCAUUUUGUAGUUUUGCCUUUAAAUCCUGAUAUUAUCAAACUAAAGGAGCAUUUUGUAGUUUUGCCUUUAAAUCCUGAUAUUAUCAAACUAAAGGAGCAUUUUGUAGUUUUGCCUUUAAAUCCUGAUAUUAUCAAACUAAAGGAGCAUUUUGUAGUUUUUCACAUGAGCGUGAAAGGGGGACAUGUACCUACUGGACAGUAACUGCACUGAGAGGAUGGAGAGAGGAGCUCCUCAGAGGAAGACUGUGUACAGGAUCUCCCUCACGCUCGUGAAGAGGGAGAGUUUGGAUGAUGGGGGCUCGGCUCCCCGGCGGGCGGAGAACCCAAAGGUGGGCGCCUUCAGGCGUGAGGGGUCGGCGGAGGUGCAGCGGAGCGGUCUGCUGGAGCAGCUGAAGGAGGUGGAGGAUGAAUCGGACGAGUUCUCCUCCUCCCUUGGCUACAUGAGGAACUUCAGGACGUUCAGCACGGGCCAGCUGGAGCUGGGCAGGCUGAAGAUCUGCAGGAAGCAGCUACUGCAGCGUGAUGCCAAGGCCACCAGUCCGCUGGCGGAGCCCGGGCAGGAGGAGGGCGGCGAGCAGGAAGCAGAGGAAACGCCACAGGCGGUGGUGGAGAAUGGCGACGUUGGCAAGAAGAAGAAGAAGCUCCUGAAGGCAAAGAGCAUGGAGGAGCCGAGCUCGAAGCCACUGAAUGACGAUGGGAAGUUGACCCACUCCAAAAGUAACGGGGCCUCUACAGAAUGCCCCCCACAGACUCCACCUCCUCUGAAGCGCCCCCCCGGCCUGCUGCGCCGCAGCUUCAGCUUCAGGCACUGGAGCGGCACUGAGCUUCUGCGCCUGCGGGCGCUCUCCAAAGACAAACAUCACAGCAGCUCCGGCUGCAUCGGCCAGGACGCCGCAAAGGACGCUGCAAAGGAUGGCGAGGCCACGGCGGCUCUCCCUUCCACCCGCCUCCUCGACCCCACCAGAGAGAAGAGCAGGACGCUGGAGGUCGGCGCUGUCCUCAACAAGACGGACUCCAUGUCUGAGCUGAGCCGCUGGGAGAGGGCGCAAGGCAGCAGGAACCGCACGCUGGACAACAGCGACCUCCUGAGGCUGGCGGCUGAGAAGGAUGCCGCCGGGGGUGGCUUCCUGCUGCGGGGAGGGGCAGGACGCUCCAGCGAGCGGCGCCUGGUUCGCUUCUUCAGCGGGAUCUUCUCCAGGAGAGACGGCGCCUCCACAUCAACGCCGGUGGGGAGCCCGAGCACCAACAGGUCGCUGCGCCGGAGCCGGAGGGCGGCGCUGUCGCAGUCCAGCACAGAGAGCAUGAACGGAGGUAGCGCUGACGAUGCGUUUGUGAACAGUCAGGAGUGGACGCUGAGUCGGACGGUACCCGAGCUCAAAGUGGGCAUUGUGGGUAACCUGGCCAGCGGUAAGUCUGCGCUGGUCCACAGGUACCUGACAGGAACGUACGUCCAGGAGGAGUCACCUGAGGCUGACGUGGAUGCAGGCGGCCGCUUUAAGAAGGAGAUCGUGGUGGACGGUCAGAGUCACCUGCUGCUUAUCAGAGAUGAAGGAGGCCCCCCGGAGGCUCAGUUUGCGUUGUGGGUGGACGCGGUCAUCUUCGUCUUCAGUCUGGAGGACGAGAUCAGCUUUCAGACCGUUUAUCACUACUUCAGCCGCCUCGCCAACUACAGGAACACUGCCGACCUGCCGCUGGUCCUGGUCGGGACACAAGACGCCAUCAGCUCGACCAACCCCAGGGUGAUCGACGACAGCCGGGCCAGGAAGCUCUCCAACGACCUCAAACGCUGCACCUACUACGAAACCUGCGCCACCUACGGCCUCAAUGUGGAGCGAGUCUUCCAGGACGUUGCCCAGAAGAUUGUGGCCACCAGGAAGAAGCAACAGUUGUCCAUCGGGCCGUGCAAGUCGCUCCCCAACUCCCCGAGUCACUCGUCUGUCUGCACCACACAAGUGUCGGCCGUCCACAUCAGCCAGACGAGUAAUGGCGGCGGCAGUUUGAGCGACUACUCGUCGUCUGUGCCGUCCACGCCGAGCACCAGCCAGAAGGAGCUCCGCAUCGACGUCCCGCAGACCACCAAUACACCAACACCCGUCCGCAAGCAGUCCAAACGCCGCUCCAACCUCUUCACUUCGAGGAAGGCGAGCGAGGCGGACAAGGACAAGAAGGGCCUGGAGGCUCGAGCCGACAGCAUCGGCAGCGGGCGAGCCAUCCCCAUCAAACAGGGCAUGCUGCUGAAGAGGAGCGGUAAAUCCCUCAACAAGGAGUGGAAGAAGAAGUAUGUGACGCUGUGUGACAACGGUCUGCUCACCUACCACCCGAGCCUGCACGACUACAUGCAGAACGUCCACGGGAAGGAGAUCGACCUGCUCAGGACCACAGUGAAGGUGCCGGGGAAGAGGCCGCCUCGCGCCGUGUCCACCUGCGCCGCCAUGCCGAGUCCCAAAACCAACGGCCUGACGAAGGACAUGAGCAGCCUGCAGCUCGGACAGACUUCAGGCUCGGUGACCAGCAGCUCGUCGGUGUCCCAGAUGGCGAGCGGCGUCAGCUUGGUGUCCUUCAACAGCCGCGGCACGGAGGGGAUGCACCAGCGCUCGUACUCCGUCUCCAGCGCCGACCAGUGGACCGACGCCACCGUCAUCGCCAACUCCGGAGUCAGUACGGACACAGGCCUGGGAGACUCUGUCUGCUCCAGUCCCAGCAUCUCCAGCACCACCAGUCCAAAGAUGGAGCCGCCGCCAUCGCCGCACGCCAACCGCAAGAAACACCGGCGGAAGAAGAGCACCAGCAACUUUAAAGCCGACGGCCUCUCUGGUACUGCGGAAGAGCAAGAGGAGAACUUUGAGUUCACCAUCGUAUCGCUGACGGGGCAGACGUGGCACUUUGAAGCCACUUCCUAUGAGGAGCGAGACGCCUGGGUUCAGGUCAUCGAGAGCCAGAUCCUGGCCAGCCUGCAGUCCUGCGAGAGCAGCAAGAACAAGUCUCGUCUGCCGAGCCAGACGGAGGCGAUGGCUCUGCAGUCGAUCCGAAGUAUUCGAGGGAACGGUCGCUGUGCCGACUGUGACGCACCGAACCCGGACUGGGCGAGUCUGAACCUCGGGGCCCUGAUCUGCAUCGAGUGCUCAGGCAUCCACAGGAACCUGGGCACUCACCUGUCCAGGGUUCGCUCUCUGGACCUUGACGAGUGGCCUCUGGAGCUCAUCAAGGUGAUGUCAGCUAUCGGCAAUGAGCUGGCUAACAGCGUGUGGGAGGCCAAUGCUCAGGGACGCCUCAAACCUGGACCAGAUGCCAGCAGGGAGGAGAGGGAGCGCUGGAUCCGGGCGAAGUACGAGCAGCGUCUCUUCCUGGCAUCGCUGCCCUGCACUGACCUCCCGCUGGGCCAGCAGCUGCUGAGGGCGACCGCCGAGGAGGACCUCCGUGCUGUUGUCCUCCUGCUCGCCCAUGGGUCCCGACAGCAGGUCAACGAGACCUGCGGAGAAGCGGACGGACGCAACGCACUGCACCUGGCCAGCCACAAAGCCAACGUGGUCAUCACGCAGCUCCUUAUCUGGUACGGCGUGGAUCUGAUGGCGAGGGACGCCCACGGCAACAGUGCAAUGGCAUACGCUCGGCAGGCCAGCAGUCAGGAGUGCGUGGACACACUGGCUCAGUACGGCUGCCCAGACGAACGCUACCCCCUAAUGGCCACGCCCAACCUGUCGCGCCGUAACACCAACCGGAACAACAGCUGCAGCAGCGCCGGCAGUGCCGCGCUCAUAUGACUGGAAGGUUUCCCCACAGUGACUCCAUGAAAAAUAAACAAAGAAACCCCGAUUUGGGAGAAUCCUGACUUUUAUUUUGGGAACCACUACUUUAUCUCCGCCCACUUCACCUGACAACCACCAGUAAACUGAUCACAGGUCAGGGGUGAUGCUGCGUCCACGUGUCUUUUUUGGGAGAACAAGUUAAAGCAUGCUGGGAAAUAUAGUCCACAAUCAUCAAAGCAUUUUGGGAAAUGGUCACAUGACUUGUUACGUCCAACGAGACAUACUGUACCUCAUCGCACGUGCUCAGAUUUCACACUACAAAGGCCAGUUUUCACUCAGGCUCAACAACAAACUGAAUUAUGUUUCACGCUGAAACAUAAUGACUUCUGUCCACAACCCGAAACUGUGAGAUCAAACGAAUCAAGAAGGAAACUAGAGUCUUCGUAUCUUCUUUGAGGCAGCCAUGCAUCAUCAUCAUCACCUUCAUCACAAGUCACUUCAGGACUCUUUACAACCUCUUCUCCUCCUCUCAACUCUCAUUUUUUUAUUUUCUGCAGACACUCCCACCUUUACACAUUUUUUUAUGUGAAAAAAUCUUGACGUUUAAAUAAAAAAGAUAUCAGCUUAGAGGUAAAACACAAGUGUGAUAGAUCGCAUGUCCUAGACACUUUUUCUACUUUAAUUUAAGGCAUUUUUCCUCAACUGUGUAUAUUGUAUCUCGAUGUGCAUUGCUGGACCAAUGGUUAAAAAUGCUAACAGGGGAAGGUUUUUUUUUUUAGCUGUUGGAUGUAUAAAGUCAUUAAGUGUACAGAACCUCUUGCCAGGCUCAGGGACCGGAGACUGUCGAUCGUCAAUGCCCAUCGUCUUUUUUUCCAGUGAGUCCUUUAGAUUUAACCAUGUGCUUUCACUUUGCUCAGUUCAGACUACAUUCAAACUUCAUCAGCACUCCUCAAUGUCAACUAAAUUCUCUGAUAUAGCACACAGCAGAAAUGAGUCCUAAAACCCAGAAAUCUGAUUUUUAGUCCUAAAACCCAGAAGUUUGAUCAUUCUAGGUCAGCAUCUCAGUCAAUGGCUUUUUUGAAUUUGUUUUUGGUUGUGUGCCUAAGGCCCCAACAUAUGAGUAUAAAGACCGAUUGGCAAUCCCUUGGCAGCCACCAGUCACAGGUUGGCAAGUGGUUGAUGGAGGUUGCUGGCAGUCACUAAGUUUAGGGAAAGGGUUCUGCUGUGCUGCACUGAAAAACUUGCAAUUGCGUGGAAGACUCCAGCUUGUCUGCAAACACUCACCAACUACUUGCGGAGCGGUAGUGAAACUGCUAAAGGUGCAACAAAAACCAGAAAUGGAGCCCGAUCACGUCAGAGUUGCAGUUUUUGAAAAGUGUUGGUUACAUUGGUAAGGCACAACUUACUUCGCCUAUUAAUGAUGAUAAAGAUCACUUGAACUUCCCAUAAGGUUGAUCAGUCGAACAUUUUAUGUCGCUGAUAUCACCAGUAGGUUUAUGCUUGUAAUCUGAGAAAUUUGGUUUACCAUUCAGCUCCUGAUCCAGUUGAGAAUUCACCUGCCGAUGAGCAUCUAAAUGUAGGAUUUCAACCUUUACUUAUGCUAAAGGUUUUAUCAUCUGAACUGAGUAAAUUGUAACCAUGUCAAACCCAAACCUGUUUUGCAUUCUGAUGAAAAAAAGCAUUUAAUCUGAACUCUGUCCCGGAAGUUAAUUUUAUUAUUGUAAAAAAAAAAAUGGAAAAGACACAGAAACAGGUGUCGGAGCAAGAAAGGGAAAUAAUGAUCUUCAGGUGUUUUUUAAAUGUUUGAUAUCUGUCCAGACUAAUCACAGUGAUGGGGAGAUGGUUGGUGGUCCCUGCCAUCACCGCCACUUUUUUUUAUCUGUCCCGUCCAAUCAGGCGGUUGCCCUGAUCUGCUCAGCGAAUCACUAAGAAGGGCUUCUUUUUCUUCUUCUCUGGUCUGAAAACCUCUUUGUUGUAAAUAAUCCUCCUCUCUUUCUCUCUCGCUUUCUCUCGUUCGUUCAUGGCAUCAUGUAAAUUAGAGAACAUGGGAAGUACUUAGAGUAUGUCAGGUUGCAGAGUGGAAGUGGUUUAUUCUGAUGUGUUGUCGUAUGGUUUUGGAUUUGUAUUGUGCUGAACCAUUCGGGGCAGGAAGAAAAAAAAUUGCAGGGGUCUAAAUCAGUGGUUCUCAAUGAGGGAAUCUUUACAGACUAAAGAGUCACCACACUGGCUCCACAUGACUUUCCCCAGUGGGACAAAGUUUUUUUCACGAUAUAAUCUAAAUGUGGCAAAUUUAGAACUUAAAUUGAGACCAAAUAUGGUUAAAUUGGGGUCCUCAAUAAAACCACGGUAUUCAUCAGAUGUUUACGAUUGCCUAAUGCGGUGAAAUUUGUGUCCAAAGUGAGUUUACCAAGUGUGCUCUACAAUUUGGGGUCAAGUUUCAACUUAGUAAGUCUACUGAUGUUUGAAUUUGAGACCACAGUGUUUACCAAAAUUAUGAAUGACCAUUAAGAAUGAUUUGUUUUCGGUACAGAAUUCGGUAUAUCCCAACUCUUUCAUUCUUGACUUUCUCAUUGUUAAUGGGAAUAUUUUAAAGACCCUGACCCUGAUACAAAAAAGACUGACAGAAACAACAAGCUGGACCAUGGAUGCGUACAUUAAUGCUACCCUGAUUGUUUAUGAAUGUGUUUACACUUGUAUAAUUGGUCUGCAUGGCCAUUACCCAUUAGAAAAGAUGAAGUUUACUUCAUGCUAGGCCUCAUAUUUAAAAAUAGCCAUGAGCUAGAAUUGAUGGGAACCACUGGUGCAGAGGUCCCUUUGGAAUGAAUCAUAGCAUUGCAGGUUAAUUUUAGGUGUGUUAGAGACACCUUUCUUAAUCCUGGUGAUGUAGAUGUUUCUGUUGGUUGCUGAAAUGUGUUGAAUGAAGGCUUACAGAUGAGGAUGGUUCGUAAAAUAGCUUCUUAGCCUCAACAUUUGUGUGACGAUUCUGACAGUAAUACUGCACGUCCUCCUGUUUCGCCCUCUAAUGUUAACGUUGCUGCAGUGGUUGAGGAGAAGCUCUCAACCCAACUGUGUAUCCAAGCAAUAUUCAUAAGAACUUCACUCUCACAUCCUAACUUCGUAUACUAACAUUGCUUCAGUAUUCACACGAAAACAUAAAAACACAGUUUAUAGAAACGGAAGAAGGAUAAAAAAAAAAAGAAACAAAUGUUUUUCCAUCAACAUGAACGCUGUUUUCCUCAUUUUGCCUUUUUGUUUUUGCACGCCUGCCUUGAUGUCCCUAAUUUUGUUGUUUCUCUACAUGCCCCAUUUUCCUUACCAGUCAUCUUUAAGCCACCAUUUUAUUUCCUGUAAAUGAUAAACCAAGAGGUUUGACCGUUACUUUGGGUGGUUUUAUUUUGUUUUCAUAUCUGACUCAUCUUCCCUCUGUCCACAAACAGGACAGGGUUUAGGCGUCCAUUUAUUUAUGACAGAAAUGCACUAAUUGACUGAUUCACUUCGUCCAUCUUAAACACAACUCUUAUCACCAUCUUCCUUUAUCCUCUGGUAUUAACUGACAUUUGAUAUUUCUAAGCGGUGGCGGCUUCAGGUUGUUUCCUUUGGAAUAAAACUGUAUUUAUUUUAAAAUCAUGUGAGCAGAGAAAUUUAAAGUAUAAGGAAUUAUAAUGCUAACUGUAGAUAAUAGUAAACAAGCUAACAAUAGCAUUACGCUAAUGUUACAGUUUUCAAGCACUUACUGAUACAGCUAGAGAUCAGUUCGCUGGUGAUGGCUAAUGGCAAAAAAGAUGAACAUUAGGAACAUUAGGUAAGCAUUAGUAUCAUCUUUCUGAUGAAAUGUAAAAAUUGGUGAGCCAUCUGUCACCUAAGCUAACACCUAGCAGUGAGAAAACUAGCAUUGUUGAUAGCAUUGCUUUAGGUUCACAGCUCAUUUUCCCCCUCAAUAUUAGUGAAAUAUAAACAUUGAAAUAUUCUAGGGAAUAGAAACAUCAAGUAUCAAAAGCUGUAGAUAUUUUAACCGAACUAAGCUAAAUGAGAGAAGAGCAGCACUAGCUAAACUUCCCACCAUGAAAAUGCAAAAUGUGACAAACACUGUUAAAAGCACUAUCCCACUUUCCAACUAAACAGUUAAAGUCAGUCAUCGGCUUUCUAUUAGCGGCUUAGCAGAACAUGAAAAAAAAUUUAGAUAAUAGAAACAUUGUGUAAAGAUCAGCUAGCUAAACUCAGCUUGUGGAGUAUAUGUGGUGCUGUAUCUCCUUGAAUAUGAAAACUUGACUCUUCUGUGUUUCUAUUACUUGCUUUCACAUUUUCUUAAUCUCAGAAUUGCAAAGAAAACAUGGAAAAUAUGUGUUUUUAUUUAUUUUUUUUUAAGCUAAAAUGUGCUGUGAAGCUCCAGCUAGUAAUUGGUUAGCUCAGUGGCCAGUAGCACGGCGCAAUAUGUUUCCUAGCUUAGCUCUUUCGACUGAAGCCGCCUGCGUGUAGAUGAAUUAUGUCACGAUAACGGCGUUAACAUGUCUGCGCUCCUCUCGCCACCGCCAAUACCUGUACAUAGACUUCAACAGAACGAAGAAAUAAUAUCAUCAAUGUUUAGUUGUGUUACCUCAUGUAGCCUCUACCCCUUAACCCCACCCACCCGGACUGUCCACUACAUUAUUUAUAAACGCGCUCCUCGAGGAAGACUCGCCCCCUUUAAGCCUACCUUUUUGUAUAAUUUUCUUCAUCCACUUUUUAUUGUUAUUGUUCCAAUUUAUCAUCCAGACACAUUAUUGUUCUUAUUGUCACUGUUAUUCUAAUUAUUAUUAUUGUUGUUGUUGUUGUUAUUAUUGUUAUUGAAUUUUUGUUUGAUGUACAGUACUGUUGUUGGAAAAUUCUACCUAAUACAGAGUCUUCUACUGUAAUGUGUCUCUUUUCAAUAAAGACAAGAAUAAUGCUUCUUAUUAUAAA